GGCGCUGUUUCUGUACAGUAAUACUUCCGGUGUGCCUACCGGGGGCAAUGCGAGUGUUUUGUGUCUGUUUUAUUUUAGCCAUUUAGUGGAACACAAAACCAAUUGACUGGCGUCUGGAAUAUAUAUUAAGGUUCGGUGUGUUCGCUGUACCUGAAGCCAAACAUGGACAUCCCCAACCCGCCGGAAGAUCAAGAACUGAGGAAUGUCAUCGACAAGCUGGCCCAGUUUGUUGCUCGGAACGGGCCAGAGUUUGAAAAGAUGACAAUGGAGAAACAGAAGGACAACCCUAAGUUCUCCUUCCUCUUUGGGGGAGAAUACUUCAGCUACUACAAGUGCAAGCUUGCUAUGGAGCAACAGCAGCAUCCCUCUACCCACGAUGGGGAGGAGUAUAAAUCUGAAGACAUGUACAACCCGGGCGCCAAAGACGUGGUUGACGUCCCUCCUCCACCAGUGCAGAUAAUUGUUCCACCUCAGAUUCCUCCCCCUGCUGCGCCCUCCAUCGAUGAGCUCAUCCAACAGAGCCUGUGGAAUCUGCAACAGCAGGAACAGCAUCUGCACUCACUGAGACAGGAACAAGUGACUGCAGCCAUCGCUCUGGCUAUGGAGCAACAGACACAAAAACUGCUGCUGGAAACUCAGCUGGACAUCACAGAAUUUGACAACCUGCUGCAGCCCAUCAUAGACACCUGCACCAAGGAUGCCAUCUCUGGUGGUAAGAACUGGAUGUUCAACAACGCCAAAUCUCCACCGCAUUGUGAACUGAUGACAUCACAUCUUCGCAAUCGCAUCACCACGGAUGGAGCGCAUUUUGAGCUCCGCCUACAUCUCAUCUAUUUAACCAACGAUGUUCUCCAUCACUGUUUAAUGUCUCCUCCCAGUCAGCGGAAGCAGCAGAAGGAUUUGUUGGCAGCGCUACAGAAAGUCGUGGUUCCCAUUUACUGCACCAGCUUCCUGGCUGUAGAGGAAGAGAAGCAGCAGAAGAUCACCAGGUUGUUGCAGCUUUGGGAGAAGAACGGGUACUUUGAUGAGGAGACCAUUCAGCAGCUCCAGAAUCCAGCACUCGGCCUCGGCCAGUACCAGGCAUCUCUGAUAACAGAGUAUGCUGCAGCGGUGCAGCCCAUCCAGCUGGCGUUCCAGCAGCAGAUUCAGUCUUUAAAGACCCAACACGAUGAGUUUGUUUCCAGCCUGAAGCAGCAGCAGCAGCCACAAGCUGCGCCUGUAGCACAGCUAGCUGCCCCCGCCGAGCCUGAAAAGGCCCCACCUAUGACCACACAAGCCGGUGAUGUGAAGCCUCCCAUGUCUGGUCCCCCUCCAGGGGAGUUUGAUGGAGCUUCAUCCAGACCACAGGACCCCAGCAACCCAAGUGGCCCGUCAGAUAUUCCCUCAAACAAGCCUGCAUGGUAUGACCCCCAGCACAUGGGCCCCUGGAACCCCAACCAGCCGCCUCCUUUUGACCCAAACCAGCCUCCCCCUCCUUGCCCCCCCUGGAACAGUCACGAGGGGAUGUGGAACGAGCAGAGGGACCCAGGGAACUGGAGUGGAGGUCCACCAAGAGAAGGAGGUCCCUGGAGCGGUCCAGGUGGGUCGGACCCAGGCCCUCCAUCUUGGAACUCUUAUGAGCAGCAGCCGCCAUGGGGGAACCAGCCUGACCAACCUCCAUGGGGCCAGAGGGAGCCCCCGUUUCCUCCACGAAUGCAGAGACCUCCCCAUUUCAGAGGGCCCUUCCCUCCCCACCAGCAGCCCCCACCUUUUAACCAGCCGCCUCCACCGCCACACAAUUUUGGACGUUUCCCACCACGCUUCAUGCAGGAUGACUUUCCUCCCAGACACCACUACGACAGGCCACCGUACACUCCGCACCGCUUUGACUACGCUCAGGGAGAUUAUCCCGGAGACAUGCCGGGUCCUCCUCCACAUCACCAUCCCAAUCAGAGGCUUCCUCCCCCAGGUAUGGGGGCUGAGCACCCUCCCUGGGGUGGAGGCCAACACCCAGAUUUUGGCCCACCCCCACACGGCUUCAACGGCCAUUCACCCCACAUGCGUCAUCGGCAGCAUCCGGUCCAAGAUGACCCCAGUCUGGUGCCCAACGUACCCUACUUUGACCUGCCAGCUGGUCUCAUGGCUCCACUGGUCAAACUUGAGGACUGUGAUUAUAAACCUCUGGACCCUAAAGACAUCCGGCUGCCUCCUCCUAUGCCUCCUAGUGACCGGCUGCUCGCUGCUGUGGAAGCUUUCUACAGUCCUCCGUCUCAUGAUCGACCAAGGAACAGUGAAGGCUGGGAGCAGAACGGCCUGUAUGAGUUCUUCAGAGCCAAGAUGAGAGCCCGAAGAAAAAAGGGCCAGGAGAAACGCAACAGUGGUCGUGGAGGCAGUCGCUCCAGGAGUCACUCUCGCAGCAGAGGGAGGUCUUCGUCGCGCUCCAGCUCUCAUUCUUCAAAGUCGUCCCGGUCACGUUCCCGCUCAUCCCGCUCCCGCUCCCAAAGCCGCUCCCGCUCCUACUCACGAUCCAGGUCCAGGAGUAGAUCCAGGUCAUCUCGGAGUCACUCUCGCUCCAGAUCCAGAUCCCGUUCACAUUCACCCACCAAGAGACGCCGUGGUGCCAAAUCCCGCAGCUCGUCCCCUCCCUCCACAUCAGUGAUGGGUGCCACUCCCUCCAAGCUGACUACAGAUAACAGGCUAGGGGAAGAGAACAAGGGCCAUCAGCUGCUGAUGAAGAUGGGCUGGAGUGGUUCAGGUGGUUUGGGGGCCAAAGAACAGGGCAUCCAGGACCCGAUCAAAGGAGGAGACAUCAGGGAUAAAUGGGACCAGUAUAAAGGUGUGGGGGUGUCACUGGACGACCCUUAUGAAAACUAUCGCAGGAACAAGAGCUACAACUUUGUUGCCCGCAUGAAGGCACGGGAGGAAGUCAAUAGGGAAACUCAGGAGCCGCCUUCAACUGACUGAUUUCAUGAAAUGCCAUCAAGCGCCUCUCCACCUUGGCGCAUCACCUUCUUUUCUUUUCCAUCCAAGUGACGACGCAAAGUACCGCCACACCUGUGAAGGUUGUAAAGGAGUGCAUAGACUUCUUAAUCUCUGCUCAGUCGUGUGUGCGUGUGCGUGCGUGUGCGUGCGUGCGUGCGUGUGCGUAUGUGUGCGUAUGUGUGCGUAUGUGCGAAUCCAACCAGAAGGCAUCUGCAGUCAGCACUAAGACUAGUAACACUGAACUCAACUAGGAUUUUUCAUUCGGCAGUCCGUGCAGGGCUUGCCUUCAUGCCCUGUCUGCUGACGACGUGUAGGCUGCAGGAAAAAAGUGACAGACCGUAUGAAGGCAGUGCUUCUGAAAGUGAUUGGACCCUCUGUCAAAUAUGCAUACCAUCAGCCCAAAUCCUAAAAAAAAUCUCAUGAUAAAAAUGGUUUAAAUUUGCAAACAAUUUUGAAAAUAAUUUUAUUCUGGAACAACUUCAAACUCAACAGAAAUACAGCCUGCUCAGUGUGGGCAGGUCAGAACACUGAAGAUGUGCACAUGGCUAGAUGUCACUAGGCGUGAGUGGAAACUGACCACCAAGGACAAAAUGUAGAAUAAAAAGUGAUGGUGGCUUCUCGUUUGGAUCUUGUUGAUUUUCUGCUGAUAUGAUUGUGAUACUUUUUCAUGUAAUGACUUCUUCUAUGAACACAUGUAAGUCUGUUAUUUAGUUGUAGCCUUGAAAUAAAUCCCACAAAACAAAAAGU